CUCGCAUCAAUUAACUAAACAUCAACGACGACGCCUUCACACAAACACAUUCAUACAUGUUAUAUACACACGAAACCAACCAGUCAGCCGACACGUUACGCCCUUCUGCUUUCUGCUCAUAUAUACUCUUAAAGAUGCGGACAAUUUAAUUUUGCCAUUGUGCAUUUAAUAUCUUUUUUAUUCUCUCUUUUAUUGUCCAAGUUCUUUCAACAUUCCGUUCUCGUCCCUCUCCCACUUUUUCAACCUCCAGUAUUGCGCCGUUCACAGAUCCGGCUCUGCUUUGAAAGAAUGCCACCCCAUUCCAGUCCUCACCCUCAGAACAGUUGUGGUACAUAAAGUUCUCCUCUCCGACUACCCCCACCUUGCUACGUUUCUCGCCGCCUAGGAUUCAAUUUACACAUCUUCGGUAUCGCACUGAUGAAAAUAUGAGUUCUGUAACGUUCACAAGGACUUCGAACGCUCCAGUAGUGGGCGCGCAUGGCAUGAUGUCCUCUAAUACAAGUAAUUACCACCGGACGCCUGCGAAGGAAACUGGUACGAGCAUGGUUAAUGGUAGCUCGGGUACAGGAAAGCUGCCAUACCGCCACAUAGAUGAUUUGGUGUCAGUUGGCGUCGACCUCGACCCUCAUACCCCUCUACGAAAGAUCCUCGAGCUUGGAGAUGCCCAUAUGCGACAGGCAACAACCUAUAGCGAUUUCCGGCGUCCUGAUUUGGCACUGCAGGAGUACAUCAAAGCAUUUACAAUUGCUGUCGAUAAAGUACCCAAACACAAAGACUAUCCCUCUAUGAGUUCCGACCGCGGAGACUUGAACCGCUUAUACAAGGCCCUCAAGAUGAAAAUAACUACCAAUGGAGCUACUUUCGACAAGAUUAAGGAGGAAAUCAAAGAGGAUAAUAGGCGGAGUGGUGUGCAGCCAGCAAUAUCUUCUAAGCGUUCCUUCGAACUCGCCCGCUUGAACCGGCCUAGCCCAUCUUCGACGCUGCAACAGGUUCAGGCGAACCGUUCCAUAGGCCCCCAAAAUAAUGGACUUAAAAAUGAAGUAGAAGCUCUAAAUAGAGUUGAUAUUACAGAAGAUGCUGGCGGCAACGCGGCUGGGGGGCGUAGGCCAAAGCCAACGAUACAACCAAAGCCACAAGCAUUGCAUGGAAAAGCUAUUAAGCAGACCCCAAAGGACCUCCCCGAAGAUCUUGCAAAUAGAUUUGCGCGGUUGCGUGAUACUCAAAAGCCUCGAAACGCCACUAAAGCACUCGGCCAGGCCCAAUCGGCCGGCACUGAAGAGUCCACUCCAAGUCAGGCGUUGCCUUCAGUUGAUACAUCUAUACUAACGAUGCCAAAGCUUCCAGAAGCCAUCUAUAGCCCUGCGAGAGGUACCGUGACUAGCGAGAUCGCUAACCUUCCAUCCAGCACCCCUCGUGGUAUGUUCAGUCGGACAAAUUCGAUCACCUCGGUCCCUAGUGUCUCAGCUCGCAUAUCGACGGAAAACGCCAUCAGGGCCUUUAGCAAAGAACAGUUCGUGGCGGCCCAUUCUUAUCGGGCCCCCCAAUCUCCAGCUACGCUAACGGAAUUUCAAAUUCCAGACGGCGACGACAUCACAGCCGAAACACUUGCAGGUCUCAUAAACCAGUACCCGCAGAUUGACAUUUUGGUAAUUGAUGUUCGGGAUCGUGAGUCUUUUGAUGAGGGACAUAUCAAAUCAGCCAAGACAAUUUGUAUCGAGCCUGAGAUUCUUAUGCGAGAGAACAUAUCCGCAGAUGAGAUUGCUGAUAGCAUGGUUCUUGCCCCUCCAAAUGAGAGGCUCGCAGUUGAGCAACGUGACAAGGUUGACUUGGUGGUUAUCUAUGAUCGGGAUAGCACUUCAAUAUCGUCUAGGAUAACUGGUGAUUCUUUAGAAAUGGUUCUGUACAAUAUCCGACAAGCCCUGUCGUACUAUAGCUAUAGCCGACCGCUCAAACGCGCCCCAAAGCUGCUGAGCGGUGGUCUGAACUCGUGGGUGGACGAAUUUGGAGAGCAAUCUCUUGAGACUUCCAAGACUAUGUCAAACUACGUGUCUCCAAGCGCGGCUUCGAGGCAAAGGUACGGCGACGGAAGACGACCCCGAACGAAGACUAAGACCCUUAAUCAAGAUGAGAUUAGUCAAUUCGAGGAUAUGAUCAAAAAUGACCAGAUGGGACUUGACACUUUCGACUAUGUCAAAACAAGGGAAGACUUUAUCCGUCGUUAUCCUAGUAUAACAGGCGACCCCGAAUCUAUGACUUCUGUCAAGGAGGACUUAGAUUCUCACGAAGACUUCCUAGCCAGCAUAGCUCCCACACCUCCUAAGCUACCGGCACCUGCUAUCCCAAGAACUAGGUAUAGUGGCUUAGAAUCUAGGGAUGACGACUCGGGUGUUGGUGGCAUUGCCAUGCCAGUAGCCGCACAACGGUUGGGGGUUGGUCAACCCGUAACUGGACUCCGGAACCUUGGAAGUUCAUGCUACUUAAAUUCAACCCUACAAAUACUACUUGCCUCACCUGGGUUCCUCACCGGUAUAAUCCAAGAAGAAUGGCCUCUGGAGUGGCGUGAAGCACAGCAAGAAACGAGCGAUAGAGAGCCUGCUUCACCACAGCUACUGUCCAAGAUUUUAAAGAACACAUUGAUGUGGCUGCACAAGAAGCGGCUCAAAGAAGCGACACCCAGUGCAUUGCUGAAAUAUAUGCGUUCUGUCCACGAAGGAUACUAUGCUGAGGGCAGGCUUAUCAAACUAGGCGAUAAUAACCAACACGAUGUCGACGAGCUGUUUGCUUUCAUGUUUGACCAAAUCGCAGCUGAAACAAACGUGACCGGGCGUUUCUCGGCUGCCAUAACCAAUAUCAAUAUACCGCCCAACACGCCCGAGGAUGUUGCAGCAAUGGUGAGGAAUUUUAUAACCCAUUGGUGGGAUACCCGACCUCAAAACUUCAUUGAUGCCCAUUGGUUGUUGUUUACAAUGAUCGAACGAACGUGCGAUAAUUGUAGCCAUCAUUCGUAUCAUCGAGAAUCAGCCCGUUCCUUGACACUAGCAGUUCAAAAUCUGCAAGGACGUCAAUCGACCAAGCAACCGCUUAAACUUAUAGACAUGUUGGACUACUAUUUUCGCACCGAAGUCGUCGAUAUGAACUGUGAAAGUUGCCAUAAGCCAAAGGCAAAGGCUCAUUCUAGACCCUUAUUAGCGAGGAUGCCUCGCUUGCUGCGCGUAUAUAUAAGAAGACAGGCACAAGGGGUGGAACAUGCCCGAAAGGAUCUCACUCCGGUCGCCUUCCCCCUUGAGCUUGACUUAGAGCCUUACAGCUGGGGUCCAUCGGUGCGAGAAGGGGCGGCUAAAAUUCUAGGUGCUAAUUUUAAUGAAGGCCUCGUAUGUCCUACUAAGUACGAGAUCUACGCCAUCCAAGUGCAUAUUGGCGAUACCGCCACCUCGGGUCACUACUGGUGCUGGAUCAAGGCCGAGCAGAAGGACACAUGGAUCAAAUGUAACGACAUGGACAUAAGCAUGUGCUCCGGGAAUGCCUGGAGAGCAGAGCUCGAUUAUAUGUUCAAGUGCUUCAGGCACGAUUCGCCCGUCCAUCUGUACUACAAGCGCGUAGAUGUUCCUUACCCUAGGCAGGCAAGGGGGGCAAAAUGAGGUUGCCUGGACAAUUGCGAUUUCUGGAAUAUCUAAAAAAGUAUAAGAUGCAAAUCACGCGGUGUUCGUCUCAGCAAGAAUACAUACUGCUGCCGUAAACGAUACGCCAAAGAGCGGCUUUGAAUACUCGGAUCGGUAUUGCCACGGGUUAAAUAUAUAUGGUAUUCUUUCCCACUGCCUUACUUAGUAACCUAGAUAAAUAGACGAUCUUGGAAGAACGUUUUGGGGUUUCGGUAGAUGGACGCUUGCAUUACGUUAUGUCUGGAAGCGUGGCGUUGUAGAGGGAACGCUAGGUAGAUACCGGAUUCUUGUCUUCCUAUUUCUUUUACCUUCUUUACCAGCCUUUUUCCGUCUGUCGUCUGUCGUCUGUUGACUUCGACUUCGAGUUUGGCUAUGCUAUAUGUGGUCAUAUGCAUAGGUGUAGUGCAAUAUAUAUUAUAUUAUAAGUGUGUUCAUAAAUAAAUCAUAUUAUUAUACCAAUAAAUCGAGGAUUGUGAUUGGAAGCUAGUUGUUAUAGUUCCCGUCAUAACCUAGGCAGGUAAUAGACGCGGUGGCCACAUGAGUUGGUAUAGUAGAAGGGCAGUAUUAGUUAACCCCUCUCUGGCAGUCUGUCAUUCAUGUACGCUACUAUCUGCC